UGACAGCCAGCCUCUUUUAAACGAAGGAGGGCUUGAGAGUUUACUUUAGCCGAAGCGCAGCGGAGAGAGCUCGUUCGCCGUCUCAAGUCACCGAAGCUCUCUCUCCAGUCGGAAACCAUGGGUAUCUCACGUGACUCGAUGCACAAAAGACGUGCCACUGGAGGCAAGAAGAAGGCAUGGAGGAAGAAGAGAAAGUAUGAGCUCGGUCGUCAGCCUGCAAAUACUAAGCUUUCAAGCAACAAGACUGUUAGGCGAAUCCGUGUGCGGGGAGGCAAUGUGAAGUGGAGAGCUCUCAGGUUGGAUACUGGUAACUUCUCAUGGGGUAGUGAAGCUGUUACUCGUAAAACCCGUCUCCUGGAUGUUGUAUACAAUGCCUCAAACAAUGAACUUGUUAGAACGCAAACUCUGGUGAAAAGUGCCAUUGUCCAGGUGGAUGCAGCUCCAUUUAAGCAAUGGUACCUUCAACAUUAUGGAGUUGAAAUUGGCAGAAAGAAGAAGACUGCUGCUGCUAAGAAGGAUACCCCAGAGGAGGGAGAAGCAACUACAGAGGAAGCAAAGAAGAGUAACCAUGUUGCGAGAAAGCUUGAGAAGCGUCAGCAAGGUCGCACCCUGGACGCCCAUAUUGAAGAGCAGUUUGGGGGUGGGAGAUUGCUUGCUUGCAUAUCUUCCCGUCCAGGCCAAUGUGGCAGAGCUGAUGGGUACAUCUUGGAAGGUAAGGAACUGGAGUUUUACAUGAAGAAGCUCCAGAGGAAGAAGGGAAAGGGUGCCGGUGCUGCUGCAUAAACACUUCAUUGACCGGACUUUUGUCCCUUUUGGUUUCGCAUGAGAUUUGUUUUAGUUUGAACCUUUUCAUUUGUCUAGGGACAUACAUGUUGGUUGCCUGUGCUAAUGCAAGUCUUUCAAGUUUUCUAGGCAUCUCUGGUAUUCCGGAUUUAGAAGAUUUUGACAAUUUUGCUGACCGAGCUGGGUCUUUUAUUGUUAUUUGAUAUUUUUAUUGUGCUAGUCAAAAGUAAUUUACUGGACGAGUCAAUGUAGAGUUUGGUGGAUUUUGUUACAUUUCAAACCAGAGUUUUAUGAACUCUAUAUAUCUUGUGGCAA